AUGCCUGGAUCGAAGCAGACCGCCGUCAGGGCUGGAGAGCGAGACGAGGCUAGCCCUGUCAAGGUGGAGGAAACUAAUGGGAAGAAGGAGGAGGUGAAGGAGGAGAAGCCCAAGGAAGCACCGGUCCCCAAGGGUAGUAUCAAUGAGGCCAAGGCGCUGUAUUCGAAGAAGGACCAAGAUGGCAAGUACCAGUGGGUGACUGAAGAGCCGGUGGACGUCGUCGAAGCCGCCGAGAAUGAAGAAACUGCCAGAUUUGCCUUCUUGGUGCGCAAACAGAAGAGUUACGACAGCCGCAAGAAAUACGACAUCCAUUCGAUCAUUGUCCAAAGUCCGUGGCUGAAGGAGUCGUUGGGAAUCAUCCUCGAAGACUAUCCCGGUAUCACGACCAAUCUCGACCGACUCGUCUUUCCCGCCCCGUUCCAUCCAUUCGUGCAUCGAUGGGACAGGCUCGCCUCACUUCUCGAGAAGGAUGACUUCGAGGAGGAUAUUGCCAGGGACCACCUCAAACUCUUCCGUGAUGUCCUUUUCCAGGAGCUCGAGAACGCAAUCGCUGCCAAAGUCGAUCUAGUCAAGAACGGGGUCAUCACUUUUGAAUACCUGUGGACAAUCUUUGAGCCGCAGACGCUGGUGUACAGCGUGUCUGAUGGCAAGGAGUGUGUCUUCAAGCUGAAUUGCUCGACCAAGGCAACCGACCAAAGACGCGGACUCGACUUCUUGCAGCUGGACGUGUGGUCGGUAGACUGGGAUGGCACCAAGUUCGGACAGCAUGUUACUUACCUCGAAAACUACGAAUUUGCCGGCACCACGCCCAUCACCUCUCUUCGAGCAUACCCGCUAAAGUUUCACCCUGAGAAAGAGCAGCUGAUGCUUCGACUGGUGGCCCGCGGCAAGCUCUUUGAACGGCUUGCAGGAUAUCAUUACAAAGCAUAUCGAGGUGUUGCUCUUGGGUACGGCCGCUGUGGGAUGAUCAGACACAACGUCGAAUCUCGAAUUAUCAUCGACUGCGAAGCGCACAAUCGAUUCUUGCCCAACAAUGCGGUGUACUUCAGCUCGCUUUUCAAGCCAGCCAAACAGGUCAACGGAUUUGAGCUGCCGUCGGACGAUGCAGAGGAGCAAUUCGAUAUCGACGGCUCCUCGGACGACGACUCGGACUUCCUUGCCACUCCCGACUCGGACAACGACGCAUGCAAACCCAAGCACCGUCCACUUACGCCGGAGGAAUUGCUCCUGGCAGUGCCAUACGUGCGAGGUUAUGCGCUGAAAACCAAGAAAUGGCUUUGGUUCUACGUUGAUCAGGUCGAGGAGAUCAAAUUCGCCAACAACGCCUUUGCGUCGCUAGUUUUGCCCAAGGAGCAAAAGUCGCUGAUCCGCGCAUUUGUCGAGUCCCAAGUCAAGUACAAGGACGACUUUGACGAUGUCAUUGCUGGCAAAGGCCGUGGCAUGAUCAUGCUCCUUGCAGGCCCUCCUGGGGUUGGAAAGACCUUGACGAGCGAGAGUGUCGCCGAAGACAUGCGGGUGCCUCUUUACAUGAUGUCUGCCGGAGAUCUGGGCCUGGAUCCUUCUGGGAUUGAGGAGUCGCUCAACCUGGUGCUCGACAUGGUCAGCAAGUGGAACGCAGUGCUGCUGCUCGACGAAGCCGACGUCUUUCUGGAGGCAAGAAGCUCCAAUGAUCUCGAGCGCAACAAGAUGGUGUCGAUCUUCCUUCGUGUCCUGGAGUACUAUGAGGGCGUCUUAUUCCUGACGACGAACCGGAUCAAGAACAUCGACGAAGCAUUCCACAGCCGCAUCCAUGUGACGGUCAACUACCCCAACCUGGCGGUCGAGUCUCGCCGGCACAUCUGGCAGACCUUCUUGGGCCAGGAUCAUCCGGUGAGCGGGAAAGACCUGGAGCGCCUGGCCCGGGUGGACCUGAACGGGCGACAAAUCAAGAAUAUUCUGAAGACGGCGCAGAUGUUGGCACGAAGCGAAGGCGGCAGCAGCGGCGGCAGCAGCAGCAGCAAUGCCAGCCAGGAACAAGCCAAGGAUCAGCAACGUGGGCCGAAGGUGGAGAUGCGCCACAUCGAGACGAUCCUGGCCAUUGAACAGCGAGGCACGUCAUGGCAGCAGGAGUGA